AUGGCCGACACAUACGCCAUCGACGUGCAUUGCUCCCUCGAGGCAUGUCGCACGCUCGACCUCCUCCCUAUCCGGUGCGCAGGCUGCACCCUCGUCUUCUGCGGGCCGCAUGCCCCACCUGCCCAGCAUGGGUGCUCAGGCAUCGCCAGGGCGACUGCGGAAAACGUGCAGGACGGGAAACGUUUCGCGGACAAGUUUGAGGAUCUUCUGCCGGCUCCGCAACGUCACGCGUUUGAACGCGAUCAGAUGAAGCAAGACCAACAAGCCCGGUCGAAACAAGCUAAGGAGAUCAUUGAGCGCAACUUUGGUGCGAGUCACAUUCAGACCCUCGAGCGAUGAUUGAGACACCCGAUGGACUACUGAUCGUUCGUGGCUGUGCGCUUCGUCAGGUCUCCUCCAUGUUAACGGCGCCACCGACGAAGCCAUCAGCUGCUGUCAAGUCGGCACAUACCAAGCCCUUAUCACCUGUCGUCGCACUCAUGAAACUCAAGCAACGGGCUCAACCCAUCGAUGCCACCGCCAAGCGACUCAAGAUGGAGGAUAGGCUCUACCUCACCGUGCGGUUCUGCGAAGGCGAGGAGCGAACAGUCGCAUCGACCAAGGAGGUCUGGCUGGGCAAGGAAAGCACCGGCGGCAAAGCAAUCGAUCAACUGGCACAGAUGUUCGAUGUGGCGAAUGUCAACAAUACUACGACCGAUGGCACGAAGCGGCUCACGCUGGCCAGCUCGAUGAACGAUGACACGUGCCUGCCGACAUCGGAAAGGCUCUCGCAGUUGGUGCAGAAUGGGACCGAGUUGGUUUUGAUGCGAGGCGCCCGAUUCAAGUGA